AUGCAGCCCUUCAGCAUCCCUGUUCAAAUCACACUCCAAGGCAGCCGGAGGCGCCAGGGGAGGACAGCCUUUUCUACCCCAGGGAAGAGGACAUAUGUCUCCUCUAACGAUGGAGACCUGCCUGAUGGGCACAAGAAGCUGCCGUCCAGUGCUGGGGAGGACCGAGCCAUGCUCCUGGGCUUUGCCAUGAUGGGUUUCUCAAUCCUCAUGUUUUUCUUGCUUGGAACAACCAUCCUGAAGCCUUUUAUGCUUAGCAUUCAGAGAGAAGAGUCAAACUGCACUGCCAUCUACACCCGCAUUAUGGACGACUGGCUGGACUGUGAUUUCACUUGUGGUGUCGACUGUCGGGGUCAGGGCAAGUACCCAUGUCUCCAGGUGUUUGUGAACCUCACCCACUUGGGUCAGAAAGCUCUCCUACGUUAUAAUGAAGCGACUGUCCAGAAAAACUCCAAGCGUGAUGUUACAGACUGCAAAGUUCAAGAGAAGCAGACAUUGACAGUUUCCGAUGAGCACAAACAGUAA